UGCACAUUGAAUUCGAACGGUGGGUUAGAUUGUACCAAUCUUUGAGUAAAUACAUACUUUUCUACGAAGGACCAAUACGGUGUGAAUACCAGACAUUCAUCGUGAAGAGCGUAUAUAUUAUCUUUGAACAGGUUGACAGCUCGAUUGGAUUAGAAAGAUUGCAAAAAACUGCUUCCUGGAAAUGUAAACUACCGAAUGAAUUAAUCAGCAGUUGCUAGGCGGUGGUCAGAUCAUUCAUAGUAAGGAAUACAUAUAGCGUUCAAUGAAUGGUUUUUAAAAUUACCCACACGAGAAAAAAACAGUGUUAAGCUCUGGGAAGGAUCAUGGCUGGAAAAGUGAAAUGGGUUACUGAUAUAGAGAAAUCUGUGCUUGUUAACAACUUUGAAAAGAGAGGGUGGAUUCAAGUGUCCGAAAGUGAAGAUUGGAACUUUUACUGGAUGAGCGUGCAGACUAUCCGAAAUGUUUUCAGUGUUGACAAUGGGUAUCGUCUCUCUGAUGACCAGAUUGUCAAUCAUUUUCCCAAUCACUAUGAGUUAACCAGAAAAGACAUGAUGAUUAAAAACAUAAAGAGGUAUAGGAGAGAACUUGAAAAAGAAGGCAGUCCUCUGGCAGAAAAGGAUGAAAAUGGCAAAUACAUUUAUUUAGAUUUUGUGCCAGUGACAUUCAUGCUUCCAGCUGACUAUAACCUGUUUGUUGAAGAGUUUCGGAAAAAUCCGUCUAGUACCUGGAUAAUGAAACCUUGUGGGAAGGCUCAGGGUAAAGGAAUAUUUCUAAUAAACAAGCUCUCUCAAAUCAAGAAAUGGUCACGAGACAGCAGAACCUCCACUUUUUUAGCUGCAUCCAGUGGAAAAGAAGCAUACGUCAUUUCUCUUUACAUUGACAAUCCCUUGCUUAUUGGUGGCAAGAAAUUUGACCUGCGUUUGUAUGUUUUGGUGACAACAUACCGUCCUUUGAAGUGUUACAUGUAUAAGCUGGGAUUUUGUCGGUUUUGUACAGUGAAAUAUACUCCAAGUACAAGUGAGCUGGAUAAUAUGUUUGUACAUCUUACAAAUGUAGCAAUACAAAAACAUGGGAAUGACUAUAAUCACAUCCACGGAGGGAAGUGGACAGUGAGCAAUUUGCGAUUGUAUUUGGAGAGCACACGGGGCAAGGAGGUCACAAACAAAUUAUUUGAUGAAAUGCACUGGAUCAUUGUGCAGUCACUCAAAGCUGUUGCGUCAGUAAUGAACAAUGACAAACACUGCUUUGAAUGCUAUGGUUAUGACAUCAUUAUUGAUGAUAAACUCAAGCCGUGGCUUAUUGAGGUAAAUGCUUCCCCAUCCCUCACUUCAAGCACAGCCAAUGACCGGAUACUCAAGUAUAAUCUUAUUAAUGACACUCUUAAUAUUGUGACUCCAAAUGGCGAAAUUCCAGACAGCAAAUGGAAUCGGAGUCCUCAAAAGGACUGUUUUGGAAACUAUGAACUUUUGUAUGAUGAAGAAGUGGCUCAGAGUGAAAAUACUGAUCGUGAUCUAAGGAGCCGGUCAGGGCCGUCUGUUGGAUCAAAGGGAGGAAGGAUGAACAAUUUAGGAAAACCUAUGCCUGCCACAUGGAAGUGACUGAAAAAGUCCUUUAGAUGAGAGAACUGGGAAGGAAAUGCAGCUGGUGGUAACUGAUAUGGAGAACAAGGUCUAUGUAAUUGACUUUGCCAUAAUUAUCUUGUAAUGAUAAUUUUGUGCACUGAAAAGCACUGUAGAUUCCAAACCUGAAGUUACAAUUCACUGCUGGUAAAUGCAUGAAGAGCACGGAAUACUUUGAGGUUAUUUCAGUAUUAAAUACAUUGAGUACAAUUUCAUUUUUCAGGAUUUAUAAAGAAUAGUACAAGAAUGUAAAAUGCCAUUGUUACCAUUUUGUAUAUUUACGGUAAAUAAGGUUCAUAUUUAUUUAUCUUAUUUUAAGUUGCAUACUAUGAACCAUCUAACAGUACUCUGCUUUAAAUAUGUAACCACUCAUGAUGACCAAUCCUGUAUUAUGCUAUAUGGAUAAAUUGCAUCAUACAGUGUAGCAUUCUGUAUUUACCAGUAUCAGUUAUUGCCUGUAUGACAUAAGGGUGCAAUGGGUGAACGCUUGUAUUAUUUUCUGUACAUAAAUAAGCAGUGUGCUUGAAUUUCUAAGGGCUAAUAUUCAGGACAACAUCAGAAGUCACCAGUAUAGGAAAGAGGACCAGGACCAUACAUUGGGCUGGUUUGAGAACAUAUGCCAGUAGCCAAUAAAUACUGAAUUUGUUCUGUAUUUAACACAGACUUCCAGUAAUGUAUAACAAUGCAAUAGAUUAUGUUUAACUUGAAUAUUAACCUGUAUGUUUUAAACAUUUCAGAAUUAAUCAAAAAUAAAAUCUCUUCUACA